CGCGUGGUUCCCGGAGGUGUGCAGGGUGUAACUGGCGGGCUGGCCGCUGGGGGAACACACACGCCCUGGUUAGGGGCGCCUGCCCGCUCCAGCACCACACAGGCGGAAACGUUUUGAGGCCCUCCAGUCCUCCACGCCUCCCUGAGCCGCGCCGGGCCUGUGAGGCACUGGUGUGUGGUGAGGACAGUAGCUAGAGGCAGCCAUGGGCACCUGGGGCUCAGAUCUUGCUGCACUUGACUUCAACUUUGGCUCUGAUGCCCCAGUGGGAUGCCUCCUCUGCUCCGAGAGCUUCACAGUGGCCCAGGACAGCCAGCCCCUCCAGCAGCACCUGCUGGAGGCCCACCACUUCAUCAUUGGAGAGGUGGAACAGGUGGCUGACCUCAGGCAAUAUGUCCUGUACUGGGGAAAGCUGCGUCACCUGGAGCUGCAGGAUUACUGUGUGGUGUUCUGUGCAACCAGCCAGCCUGGCGCUACAAGCGACCCUUCCCCUGCCAACACAUACUACCUCCUCUGUGACAAGCUGCCUGAGGACUACAAGCUGAGGCGCUCCCUCAUGCAGAUGAAACUGAAGCACGUGGUGGCACAGAAGGAAAGGGAGUGCCAAGACGUCAGCUUCUCGCGCCAAUGCAUCUACUGCAGCGAGGUGCUGGGGGGUGGCGUGACUAGCUGCUUCCAACACCUCACCCACCAGCACAGCUUCUCCCUUGGCAACCCAGACAACAUAGUGUAUGGGGCUGAGCUAUUGGAUAUCCUACAUGAAAAACUGAGGAAGUUGCAGUGCCUAUUCUGUGAGAAGAUCUUCAAGACUCACAAGAUGCUGCGGGAACACAUGAGGAAGCAGCAGCACCGUUGCCUCAACCCCAAAAACAAGAUAUAUGACAAAUUUUACCUCCGGAACUACUUACGGCCUGGAACACCUUGGGAGGAGACAAAGCGGGACCUGGAUGAAGAGAGUGACACAGAGAGUGUGAAUGAGGCUUGUGGGCAGGCCGUGAAGGUACAGGAGGAACCGGCCUGGACUGACUGGCAGGAGGUCAACACUCACCCCACCACCUGCCUCUUCUGCCCCUUCACCACCACAAAGGUUCCCAGAGGCUUGUUCAGCCACAUGCAGGUUCACCACAACUUUGACUUUGAGAGCAUCACUCGUAACUUCAGCUUCUACCAAAAAGUCAAAGCUGUUAAUUUCAUACGAACUUGUAUGAAGGAGCAGCGGUGUCUACAGUGCCAAGUUGUGUUUGCUGACAGUGAGGCUCUACAGGACCACAUGGCUCAGACUGGACACUUCAGGCUUCCUCAGUCACUAAUUUGGGACCUCCCUCAGUACCACUUCCCAGUCUUCGACAAUGACGGUCUGCUGCUGCACAUGGAGGACGACGAGAUGGAUGAGCAGGAGGCUGACCCCGGCACCCCAGCCAGCGAGGCAGAGCAGGUGAUCUACCCAGAGGACCUGCAGCCACACGAUGACUCCAUCCUGCAGGACUCCUCUCUGCGGGAGGAGAUCACCAGGACUGAGGACAAGGAGGACGACCUGGUGGUAAAGUGUCUGUUCUGCUGCUACACUGUGCCGGGGGAACGCGCCCACCUGCAGGUGUACUCCCACAUGCGUACCUUGCACUGCUUUGACUUUCCCGAGGUAGUGAGCGGCCUUUCCUUCUACACACAGGUGAAGCUCGUCAACUACAUGAGAAGAAAGGCGGCGCAGAGUGAGUGUCAUGUGUGUAGCCGGGUGUUGAGGGACAGAGGGGCCAUGGAGGAGCACCGGGUGUUGGCCAGCCACACUGCCCUUCCCCAGAGUCACCUGUACCAAGACCAGAGCUGGCUGAAACCCACACUGGAAGGGGAUGGGCUGUUGCAGAGGCUGAGGGAGGAUGGAGAUUCAGAUGACGAGGACCCCAGAGUGCCGGACACCUCGCGGAAGGAGGUUGUAUUUGGAGAGGAUGUACAACUUCCUCAACUAACCAGCCAACUGAGAGCCCUCAGACUGGAGCUGCUUGAGACUGGCAAUUCUUGACACCCACACCAGUCGUGGAAUACACUCCUAUGUCUGAGUGUUACAAACAUUUUAAUGGAAAUAUAUUUUAACCAUUAA